AUGAUUUGCAUAAGCAUACUUAUUGUUCAACUUCACACGGAACUCCAGCAGUUAGUACCUGAUCGGCCUGAAGGUGUUCGGGCCCCGGCAUCUAUUGUGACCGCUGUGUUCGGUGGAACAUUACAGAGCGAGGUCCGUUGUCUUGCUUGUGGUACCGAGAGCAAGAAGUUUGAUCCGUUCCUGGAUCUCUCUUUGGAGUUACCAGAGACUGGUCGACACGACGCGCCCGUCUCUUUAGCUGACUGUUUGGCCAGUUUUGUACAGAUCGAAGAGCUGGCUGACACAGAGAGAUAUUUCUGUAGCAGCUGUAAAUGUAAACAGAAAUCAACUAAACAGUUCUGGAUCAGGCGGUUACCCAACGUACUGUGUCUACAUCUGAAGAGAUUCAGAUGGCACAACUAUUUCAGAACUAAAGUGGACACUUCCAUCUCGUUCCCGCUAGUGUCUUUAGACAUGUCGGGCUUCGUGUUACCCAACGUGCCCGACACCCGUCGCUCCGGGCGAGGCAGUCUGUUGUACGACCUGGCUGCUGUCAUCGUACAUCACGGCUCGGGAGCCGGGUCCGGUCAUUACACGGCGUUUGCCAUCAACGAAGAUCAAUGGUUUCACUUUAAUGAUCAAACUGUUCGUGCGACCGAGUCCUCGGCGGUCGCCUCCUGCAAGCCCUACAUAUUAUUCUAUAUACGGAGAGAAUUCACGUCGUGA